UUAAAUAUUUUUAUAGAUAGGUUACCUAAUAAUCCUAAACCAAUUGAAUAUAUCCACUGACUAAAAUAGAAAACAUGCAGAGUUGAAAAGUUGCAUCCAUCUUCUCAUCAUCUAUCCAAAUUCUACACAAAAAUUUUAUAUGAAUUAGAAAUAUUAUGUUGGUUAUUGCAUAUAUUGCAUUUGUAAUCCUACUUUUUAUUGGUAUCGUCAUCGGAAAACAAGCAUGGCAGAGUCGUUUACAUGGAGUAGUUAUUAUUAAUGCAACUUUUAUUGAAUUUCAAUGGACUUACUUUUUUCCUUAUUUCCUAGCUUUGAUAGCGGAAUGGCUGCAAGGACCAUAUUUGUAUAAGCUAUAUGAUGACUAUGGUUUUGUGGAUCCAUAUAUUGGUAUAAUAUAUGUGUGUGGCUAUUGUUCAAGUAUUUUAUUUGGUGCAUAUACAGGAAUACUAAUAGAUAACUGGGGUCGAAAGAAAGUUUGUAUUUUGUUCACAAUUUUAUAUUCACUUAGUUGCAUUGCAAACAUUUCAAAAAACUUUGCAGUGUUGUGUUUAGGAAGAAUUAUUGGUGGGGCAUCUACUGGUCUACUUUUUUCUGCAUUUGAUGCCUGGUAUGUUUAUGAACAUAUGCAAAUUCACAAAUUUCCAUACGAAUGGCUUGAGGAUACAUUCUCAAAAGCUACUUUUUUUAAUAGCAUUAUAGCAAUUUCUGCUGGAAUUUUUGCAAAUUUGCUUACUGAAUGGUUAGAUGUAGGUGCAGUAGCUCCAUUUUUACUUGCUGUUCCUUGUUUAUGUGCUUCCGCUAUUUUAAUUCAGUUGACUUGGUCUGAGAAUUUUGGGACAUCAACUCGUGGCUGUAAAAGCUGUAUGGAUAGUUUAAAAGUAAUUUUUACUACACCUGGUAUUUUUUUAAUAGGCUCUGUCCAAGCUAUGUUUGAAAGUGUAAUGUAUAUAUUUGUGUUUUUGUGGACUCCUGUUCUUCAGCCAGCAGAUCCACCAUUAGGUAUUGUUUUCUCCUGCUUUAUGUGCUCAAUUUGGAUUGGUGGUAUUAUUUUUACGAAUUUAAUUAAAAAAGAUAUACAACCUACGAUUAUUGUCUUAUUUGUUGUCUAUGGCGUUAUGUUGACAAAUUUUUUAGCUGCUUUAGCAUCAGCAAAUCAUCCUAGAACAUCCUUUUUGUUAUUUUUAGUUACUGAAAUUUUAUGUGGAAUAUAUUUUCCAGCAAUGGGAUCUUUACGCUCAAAAUGGCUUCCCCCUGCUCUACAUUCAGAUAUAAUGAAUUUGUUUAGGGUUCCAUUGAAUAUUAUUGCUAGCGCUGUGCUUCUUAUUUUACACGACAGCCAUUCACCACACGGAAUCACGCAAAUGUUUUUAUUGAACUCAGCUUUACUUUUGUGCGGAGGAAUUUUUUCAGUUCUUCUACACUUUCAAUAUACAAACGAUGAGAAAAAAGAUGAAUUUCAAAUAGAGUAGUGAAAAAGUUAGAAAUGAUUCAAAUUUAGAGACAUACUUGUAUCAAAUGUGCAAAUCUUAUAAUAUUUUAAUUUUUAUUUCUUUUUUCUACAUUAUUUAA